CGCCAUGUUGUUCGUAUCUUCCGCUUGCCAAAGCCCAAAGCUCGCGAGAAGAGGGGCAGAACAAAUAAGAUUAAUAUUCGUGGCUAAUACGAAAUAGCCUUUUUUUUUGGAAACAAAUCAAUUAUAGUGCUUUUCAUUUGUUAAAAAAUCAAACUAUUCGCAAUGUCCGAUGCUACUACCGAUCAUGUGGAUGCUGUAGAGGAUGAAUUGGAAGUUGAGUCAAAUUAUAAACCUCCUCCUGAAAAAACGAUUGAACAAAUUUUAGAAGCAGAUAAGGAAGAUGAAAGUUUGAGAAAAUAUAAAGAAACGCUGUUAGGAGAGGCAAAAGCUGGUGGGGUAAUUGUGGAUCCCAACGAUCCUAGAAAAGUAAUAGUUAAGAAAUUAGCACUUUGCGUAGCAGACCGUCCUGAUAUGGAAUUGGAUUUGUCUGGUGACUUAUCACAAUUAAAGAAACAAACUUUUGUUAUCAAAGAAGGAGUUAGUUACAGAAUUAGAAUCGAUUUUAUUGUACAACGUGAAAUUGUACAUGGAUUAAAGUAUGUGCAAAAAACUUAUCGCCUAGGUGUACCAGUGGAUAAAAUGACACACAUGGUUGGAUCAUAUCCUCCAAAAACUGAAAUACAAUCCUAUACCACUCCUGCCGAAGAUGCACCUGCAGGAGUUAUGGCACGAGGUUCGUACAGUGUUAGUUCUUUAUUCACUGACGAUGAUAAACACGAACACCUGAAAUGGGAAUGGUCUUUCGAAAUUAAGAAAGAUUGGAAGGAAUAAAUCUACCUUGUCAUUCCAUUAAAGAACAAAAGAAAAAACACGAGAGAACGAUUUUUAACUUUACAAUCAUUCGCAAUUAUAAAUAUAAGAAUAAUGGAUACCACCGUAGAUAUAUACUUUGAUGAGUUUCGAAUGAUCUUGAGUUGUGGUCCAUGGUACCAUAAGAAUUAAUUAUACAUACUAAGUAAUAAGAAAAGAGAGUGACAUAUAUUGGUAUUUAUUUAGCAUUCACUUCCCAUUGUAAUCAGCUAUUCACAAAUGUUUGACUCACAAAGUAGAUGUCAUUGUGUUUGUGAUGAAUGGUCAGUAGAAAAAUAUACCGCAUUGUAAAUUAAAAUUAUUCUACAAGUGUCAAACACAAAAGUAUUUAAAAAUGGAAAGUAUUAUAUAAUUUGUGAAUGAAUAAUUUAAAUAAUAUACAACAAUGGUCUGGUGAUAUUUAUCUAUUGAAAACAAAGGAGAGAUAAAAACAACAUUGUAAGGAUUUUGGAUAGCGCGAUUUUUAGGGUGUUUAUGUGUACACAUACUUAAUAUUUGGAUUUAACAUUGCAUAAAAAUGGGAUUUAUACUUUUACUAUUCGAAAAGCUUUCCCAAAUUUUUAUUUAUGAGGUAUCUCUAGUUAAAAUUACACGUGAAAUGAAAAAAAAAAGAAAGAAAAGAAAAAUAAAAUCGGGCAUAAGUCGAUAUAUAUAAAUUCGAUAUUAGUGAACUUUGUUUAUCGAAGAGAUUAUAUAGCUCUGUGUCUGAGUGAUCAUUUGAAAGAAUACAGAUAUAAUUAUCUGAUUGUAGUAUGUGUAUAUUUAUAAAAAUUAUACAUCAUGAGUGCAUCAUAGUUAAAUAUGAUAAAACGUACUGGAACGUAUUGGAAUUAUAAACCUUCUGUUUGUGAGCUUCCAUGGAAAAUUAUAAUCUUUAUUAUAAGCCUGCUAAAUUGGAGUUGCUUUUGGGUGGUUCAUUUAUAUGUUGUUUAUUUAUACAAAAGAAUAUUAGAAUGUUGACAUCACAAGGGAAAGCGCACAUUACAGACAUUAAUAAUUGUAAAAAUGAUUAUAUCCAAUGGAUCAUUCAGUACAGACUGUGCAGCAUUUUAAAUAACGUCAUUGUAUAUGCUAAGAUUAUCCGUAACCUAUGUAACAUAAUUAUCAACAAUGUAGAAUAGACCUUUUAUACCUCAAAACAAAAUCAUAGUAGCCAAUGCUGCAAUAGAUAAAAAGUUAUGGACGUUCAAAAUCUAAAAGGCGUUUCCAGAGAUAUGCGAUUGAAAAGAAACCCCUGUUAUAACGAAUAUCUUGUUAAAUAUUAUUUCAAUAAUAUAUUUUCCAUGUAAAAAUGCCAUCGUACGAUCUAUUUGCACAUUAUUACUUUCUGCCGUACUAAAAUAAUUUUCUAACGUAUUGUGUUACGAUAUGUCGCAAGAUUUGAAAAUUAUGAGUGCAGAGUCGAGUAGCUUAUUGUCUCUCAUGUGUAUUAUGUGUAUUUAUUUGUAUUACGCGGUGCAGUAUAUAUUGUAAUCGUUAAUAUAGUUGCUGUAUAUUAAAUAUACAUUUUAUACCUUUUUCUUCCAGA